AUGACUUCACAAAUCGUUGAUAUCGGUUCCAAAUCCGGCAAAUUUAAGUAUAUCCUAGUUCAACAAGGACAGAAACAUCUCAUCCGUGGUGAUCCAAAUCUUGAAUACCACGAUAAAAUCUUUGAAAAACUCAAGCACGAAGUCGGGGAGAAAUCCGCAGAUGAGUUGAAAGUCUUGGGUGGUGGAAAAGUUUUAGUUGACUUUGAUAAAAAACAGAUCAACGUUUUUGGUGAAUCUCAAUCUUAUGGCGCUGCUGACCAUGAGAAGUCGAAAGCGUUACUUCAAGAGAAGUAUCCUGAUUUUACGAUUUCAACUGAAAAACCGACUGAUUCCGAUAACAAAUAA